CCCCCCAAGUGCGCGCCAACCCAACGUAACGCACAUUGUCUGCCCGCCGCUACACCCCCGGUUCGGUCCAAAUCGAAUUGGGCCGUGUCAAGUUUAGCCGGUAACCCCAAUAAAACGUGCACUGUAGAUACUUGUCGGAAUGUCCUAAUUAAAGUUGGGAAAACAUUCUUGGAGAAACGUCAUGGUGUAAAGUGACACAUCACUCACUUGGAUAAACAUCAACUACUAGAAAAAUCUUGAACAAAUGGAAGAAGUGGAAGCUUCUUGAAGACCAAAAAAAUGCUUCAUCACGGUUAUUGCCGUUUGUCUUUGAAACUUCCAUGCACAAAUCUUCGAAUUUCAAGAAAUGAUGACACGAACAUACUCAGCAACGCUUUUUUCAAUCCCAUUUCAAUAGAAAAACACACAGCCCCCGUACUCUUGAAUUAAUAAAGAUGGCAUUAUCUUCAAAUGUAUUCCAGGAAGGCUCAGACAAAUUCUACUUCAAAUUUAUGUGGUAGUAAUAUUCAAACCGUGAUGUCGACUCAAUACUCUCAACCGUUAUCCUGAAGAGCAUAUCAAUUCUUGAAAUUGGACCGGGAAAAUCCAGGCUGUGAGUGAAGCAGGAAAGAAAAAGCUAACGGAAUAGUAAAUUGGGAACCCGAAGAGAGGGAAUCUAUAAUAGGGCUGUUACGUAUUGAGUGAUUUUAGGCCACUUUCUCGAAGAGAUGGAGGAGGUUUUUCCAUUGAAAUACGCGUAUAAAUAUUGAUAUCAGUUGAUUACGUAUAGAGUGAUUUCGGGUCUGUUUCUGGAAAAGGGGAGGGAGGUUUUUAUAUUGAAAUACGUUUAUAAAUAUUGAUAUCAGCUAAGGAUGAGGUGGGUGCUUCUAAUGGCGUUAUUAGCAUGCAGCCCACUGGUGCUGAGUUGGCGAAAUCAGUCGGGGGUGCGGAUUGGCACAGGACGGGCAGGUAGCCAGACUGGCGGGGGCAGUGUGUUCGGCAAGCAGGGGGGCCGCGGGGGCAGUGGCAUCAAGCUGGGCAGUGCCACCCGCAACAUUACCACCCCCCUUCCACCACCCACUGCGCCAUCAACCAUUGAGACACCGACCACAGGCACCUACCAUCAAGAGACCGCUGCUAGCAGCAGAGUACUACAGAUUGGACUAGUACUACCUCAUCAGGCAUUUCUCCGGAGAGAUUACAAUAAAGCUGUUAGUCAAACGAUUGCAACUCUGCUGAGAUCUUCUAAAGGACUUCGUUUGCUGCAUUUUAAGAAGCAUGAACUCAAAGUUGAGCUACGCAUGAUGAUAUCCACGCCAAGUCCCACAGCUAUCCUCAACUCGCUGUGCAAAGAAUUUCUCUCAGUAAACGUUUCUGCAAUUCUUUACCUCAUGAAUUAUGAACAAUAUGGACGAUCCACAGCCUCAGCCCAAUAUUUUCUGCAGUUGGCUGGUUAUCUGGGAAUACCUGUCAUUGCGUGGAACGCCGACAAUUCAGGCCUGGAGAGGAGAGCUUCACAAAGCAGCCUACAACUGCAGCUGGCGCCAUCGCUGGAGCAUCAGACAGCGGCCAUGUUGAGCAUACUGGAAAGAUACAAGUGGCACAGGUUCUCGGUAGUGACGUCACAGAUCGCUGGACACGACGAUUUCAUUCAGGCAGUCAGGGAGAGAAUAACAGCCAUGCAGGAUAGAUUCAAGUUCAGUCUGAUGAAUGCUGUUCUGGUAACAAAACCGCAGGAUCUUCUGCAACUUGUCAACUCCGAAUCCAGAGUGAUGCUGCUCUACUCGACCCGUGAAGAGGCCAUCCACAUCUUGAAUGCCGCCAAAGAAUACAAAAUCACCGGCGAGAACUACGUCUGGGUUGUCACUCAGAGUGUCAUCGAGGAUCUACAGACUCCCUACCAGUUUCCGGUUGGAAUGCUGGGCGUUCACUUCGACACAUCAAGCAACCGUUUACUCACCGAGAUCUCAACUGCCAUCAAGGUGUAUGCCUACGGUGUGGAAGACUAUCUGAGUGAUCCGAAGAACGCGAACGCAUCCCUCAACACCCAGUUAUCCUGCGAAGGAGUGGGGGAGUCACGCUGGAAAGCUGGUGAUCGCUUUUACAAGUACUUGAGGAACGUCAGUGUUGAAGGCAGCGAAGGCAAACCGAACGUUGAGUUCACAGCUGAUGGCGUUCUAAAAGCAGCUGAACUGAAAAUAAUGAAUUUGAGGCCUGGAGUCAGCAAGCAACUAAUUUGGGAGGAGAUAGGAGUGUGGAAGUCUUGGGAGAAAGAAGGAUUGGACAUCAAGGAUAUAGUGUGGCCAGGCAACAGCCACACUCCGCCGCAAGGCGUGCCUGAGAAAUUCCACCUGAAGAUCACCUUCCUCGAGGAGCCUCCCUACAUCAACCUCGCCCAGCCUGAUCCAAUCACCGGCAAGUGCAACAUGCAGAGAGGGGUCAUCUGUCGGAUAGCCAAGGAGUCCGACAUGGCUGAAGUGGAUGUUGGCUCAGCCCAGCGGAACAGUAGCUUCUACCAGUGCUGCUCAGGAUUUUGUGUCGAUCUUCUUGAAAAAUUCGCCGAGGAAUUGGGUUUCACCUACGAGCUGGUCAGAGUAGAAGACAGAAAAUGGGGAACACUUGAGAACGGAAAAUGGAACGGCCUGAUAGCGGAGCUCGUCAACCGAAAAACGGACAUGGUAAUGACGUCACUGAUGAUUAAUUCGGAAAGGGAGGCGGUGGUGGACUUCACUGUGCCCUUCAUGGAGACCGGAAUCGCCAUUCUUGUGGCCAAGCGUACGGGCAUCAUCUCGCCUACUGCCUUUCUCGAGCCUUUUGACACGGCUUCCUGGAUGCUUGUUGGAGUGGUGGCUAUUCAAGCAUCGACGUUCACAAUAUUCCUGUUCGAAUGGCUGAGUCCAUCUGGAUUCGACAUGAAGAAAGUGGCACCGGGAACAAAUCACAGAUUCUCUCUGUUUCGCACCUAUUGGCUGGUUUGGGCUGUCCUUUUCCAAGCUGCAGUCCAUGUUGACUCACCCAGAGGCUUCACUGCCAGGUUCAUGACGAACGUGUGGGCCAUGUUUGCUGUGGUGUUCCUGGCCAUCUACACUGCCAACCUAGCUGCCUUCAUGAUAACCAGAGAAGAGUUCCAUGAGUUUGCUGGAGUUGAUGAUCAUAGGUUGGCAAAACCAUUUAGCACGAAGCCAAUGUUCAAAUUCGGAACUAUUCCAUUCAGUCACACGGACUCAACACUGAAGAAGUACUUCAGUGAGAUGCACAACUAUAUGAAGCAGUUCAACAGAUCCAAUGUGCAAUCAGGAGUUAAUGCUGUCAGAGCUGGUGAAUUAGAUGCUUUCAUCUACGAUGGAACUGUGCUCGACUACUUGGUAGCACAGGAUGAGGACUGUCGCCUCUUGACAGUCGGGUCGUGGUAUGCCAAGACCGGCUAUGGUCUUGCAUUCACUCGCAACUCAAAAUAUGUUCAAAUGUUCAACAAGAGACUGCUAGACUUUAGAGAAAACGGAGACCUAGAACGACUGCGCAGGUACUGGAUGACAGGGUCAUGUAAGCCGGGCAAACAGGAGCACAAGUCGAGUGACCCCCUGGCGCUGGAGCAGUUCCUGUCAGCGUUCCUCCUUCUCAUGUCUGGCAUUCUCUUGGCCGCCGCACUGCUUUUCCUCGAACAUCUCUACUUCAAGUAUGUUCGAAAACAUCUCGCAAAAACCGAUGGGGGAGGCUGUUGUGCCCUCAUCAGCCUUAGUAUGGGGAAGUCGCUGACAUUCCGUGGCGCCGUUUUCGAGGCGCAAGACAUCCUGCGAAAUCACAGAUGUCGAGAUCCAAUUUGUGACACUCAUCUGUGGAAAGUACGUCAUGAGCUGGACAUUGCGCUACUCAAAAUCAGACAGUUGGAGAAAGAAAUGGAGUAUCAUGGAUUGAAACCAAGUAGAAGGGCGCGGAGACUACAAUGCUGCUGUCCGUGUUCUUCCAAUGCUGAACGAUCUCCCAUCGAGUACAUGAGUAGAUCAGAUAUUCUUGGUCUCCGAGAUAUGACGAGAAACCAUAUUUCUUCAACUGAAAAAAGCGGUCGAUUCAGCUCACCACAGUUUCCAAGGACGGAAAUGACAGAAAUGGAAACUGUUCUGUGAUGCUAGCUCAGGCAGUCACGGAAUGAUCAGCCAUCAGAAUAUACUAUAUAAGCGAUAAUUGUUGGUAUUUUUUAGAAUUGUUAAAUAUUUCAAACAACUUGGUAUGCUUCCUAUUUAUAAUAACCUUUAAAAAUUUAUCAUUAUUGUAAACAGGAGAAGUGUUAAUAUCAUUAUAUUUAAAAAAUAUAUAUAAAUGAAUGUUAGAAAUACAUGUUGAAAAUGUCGUAUUAAUAAUAAUAAUUAAAUCAAAUAAAAUUGAAAAUAAAAUAUAAUAUUUAAUAAUUUAUUUCAAAGCUGCUUGCAGGAUCAUUUUUGUUGAUUUAUCAAUGCAAACAAUUAUCGAUAUGCAUGACUGUACUUCGAGAGCUAACACAAAUAAGUAACAAAUAAUGCAUUCCAUGUAUGUGUUUCUAUGUGCUAUUUAAUGACUUGAGCUUACUGUUUGUUAUAAUGUACCUCAUGGUGCUUAUUUAUAAUGUAGAUAAUAAAAUCUGAAAGAAAAAUAUCAUUGACUAUUCAUCGUGAUUUUAAAAUACUGGUAGUUGAAAUGUUUGUACAGAUGCAUUUAUUGUAGUUACAAUAUUUAUUUUUAAAUAUUAUAAUUUAAGGGGGAACAAUGCUUUUACACUGGAAGAAAUACAUUAAGUAAAGUAUUCCUUUAAAUAAUGUUUAUAAUGUGUAUGUCUAUAUAAAUAAUAUGUACAUAAUACAGCUAUCCAAAUAUCAAUGGUGAAUGUGUCAUUCAUUAGAGUUAAAAUACAUACUUCAGAAGCGAAUCAUAAUUAUGUCAAAUAAAUGUUCCAUUAUUUUAAAAAUUAUAAAAAGUACAAUAGUGAGUAGCAGUCAAACUGCGUCAUCUAAUGAGCGGAGAAGGUAAAAUAUAAAGUAUAAAUUAUGAAAAUUCAAAAACAUCAAUCUACCAAUAAACUAAAAAAUUCGUUGAAUAUUUUUUUUCAUGAGGGGAAAAUCGUGUAGGAAGUGAAUGAUUUUGUUCGUUCAUGUUUAAGCUACUUAUGGAUAAACAGAAUCGUUCCAGAAGUACUGGUGAAAAUAUCCGCUAACUAUUGUAUGUAGACUUAGUUUACUGAUAUAAUAUUUACUCUGUAAAUUAAAAUACAUUAUAUUUGUUAUUCCAGGUUAGUAUUGAAUUUAUCAUUUCUUGAACAAUUAUCGGAAUAAGUACAACAUUAAUUACAUUUUUCAUUUAGAAUGUAAUGUAGGAUACUGGAAAAAUAAUUUUUGUGAUUCAGAAAUUGUUACUAGGUGUAGUUAUAUAUUAAUGCUCAAUAAGGAAUGACGAAACUAGGAUAGGAUUAUGAAAACAUUUAUUCAUUGAAUAAUUUAUCCAUGGAAAACAAAUGACUCGUAUUCCAACGGAAAUCCAAUUUCCAAACAGCAUUGGCCUUAUCAAAGAGAUUUCUGAACUUAUUACUUCUUUUUGAGAUUUCCCGGCAUGUAUUUUUCCAACAAAAAAAUCGUUUUUGGUUCUCAGUCUAUCAAAUAUAUCAAUAUUCCAUGUACUAGAUAUUUUUCAGCUUAAUAUGAUUAUAUAUUCCUAUCAUUGUAUAUUAAAAUUUGAGUUUACAAUGCUAAAAAGAGAUUGAGUUUCAAGUUGUAGAAAUUAAAAUUGUAUAUUCAAUACAAAUUAGUAUUUUUUAAUGGUUAUCAGUUGCAACAUUCGAAAAAAUAAUUAUAUUUUGAUAGGCUACAGAUACAGUACUUCAUAGAAACAUUUUCAGUUAUAGUAAAUAAUUAUAGUUGUUAUGAUGAUGUUGGUGAGAGUCUUGCUCCAUUUUCAGGAUUAAUUUCUUAAUAUGUAAAAUAUUUUGAGUAUCAUUUGUGAAUAAUUUAAGAAUAAUGCAUUCUCCAUUGUAAUAAAUCAUAAGGACUGGGGAGUGAGUUAUGUUAUACAGUAACAGCAUUGUUGAUUAAUAUCACUAUACUAGAAUAUUGGUUUUUGUUAAUAGAAAGCGUUUUCAGGAAAUUAAGAGGAAUUAUUUAUUUAAGUAACCUAUCAAUAUGAAGAUAAGUGGAAGUUUCGUGAAAAAUAACUAAUUAUAGGAAAGUUAGUGCCAAUCAGCGUUAUGAUGGUUAAAAAAUUCAAUUUAUUCUAGUACCCUAAGUACUUAUUCUUAAGUUAACGUAAUGUCAUGUCAUUAUAUCGUACAUUUGAUGAGAUUUAGAAGAACAUUUUAUUGGGAAGCCGACAACUAUAGAUAUCCCUUUCUAUAAAGUUCUAAAAUAUUGAAAUGUUGUCUUGUUUUCUAAAAUAUUUUCCAAUUUAUAUGUUGAUGUGUGUAUCAUAUAAACAAUAUGAUAUUAUAUUUUUACAAAGUUGUUGAUAUGUUGAUAUAUUGUGUACUGUUAAUAUAAUUAUAACCAUGAUGUUUUAAAGUUUGAUUAUAAAUUUUAUCAAUACAUCAUAAUAUAUUUAUCAUGUAUUCGAAUAAUUUGUUAUAUAGUAAACUAAACAUUUUUGAAAGAGCCAAUAUUAUCAUUGAUUCAUCGAUAAUAAUCUGCUAUUCAAGAUUUUUACCAAGCUCAUUUUAUCAGGAUAGGUAUGAGUCAAAGGCAAUUGUACUAAUAAAGUUUCAAUGAAAAUUCAAAGCGAUUGCAUGCAUCAAAUGCAAAGUGAGGAAGCUAAAGUAUUUAUCCCAUUUGAGGAAAAAUAAAUUAUGCUCCAAUUUAACUCUCUCAAAUUAGUAAGGUUACUGAUAAUAAUUCUUGUUGAAAUUGAAAAACUAAGUAAUAGAAAGUGACAUUUGAUCCAAGAAAUGUUCCGAACAUUUUAUCUAGUUAUAAAAAUAAUGUGAUAUCUUCGAUUUUGUUCAUUAUCAGAGAACCUGUCAUUGUGUUAAUUAUCCUAUUCUAUAAUAUUAAUUGUUUUCAAAUUAAUUAUAUGAAUAUUAGUUACAUCCUCUCUCAUGAUUCUUCUUCUUUGGAAAAGUUUUCCAAAAUGAUGUGAAAUAAAAUAUUUUAUGAAGAUAAAAAUAAUGUGAUAUCUUCGAUUUUGUUCAUUAUCAGAGAACCUGUCAUGGUGAAAUCAAUAUCAAUAGCAAUGUAUCAUUACUGGAUGAGUAGUAACUAUUGAAGAUUCAAGUAUCAAUGGCCUACAAUAUGUUUUGUGAUAAUUCCUUUUUCUACUGUGUUAUUCUUCAUAUUUUCGUAUUUCAAGUAUAUAAAAUAUCAUGUUGAUCAUUUCCAUAGUUUAGAAACUAUAAUUCAUUCGACAUUAAUUCACGAUUGAAUGUGUACUUAUCGGUAUUGAUAUACUCACUAUAUUAGCCGAGUGAUAAUAAAUAUAAUUUAAGAUGUGAAUCUUAUUAAAAUAAUGAAUGUCUAUAAAGUUGAAUCAGGUAAUAUAUUAUUAUUAUUGUUGAUGACUGUAAAUAACUGAACAAGCGAUGUUAGUUGGUUGAAACAGAUGAAGAUAAUUGUUUGGUUGAUAAAGAUGCUUUCAAAAGAGAA